AGUAGGAGGCAAUAAGACGGAACAACAAAUAGCACCUUGUGCUUAUGUGUAGUACACUAGAUAGGGUGUAGAAGCCACGCUGUCGUAGUGGAUGUAGUGGAUGUAGUGUCCCUCUGUAGGGAACAAGUGCUUACUGAGGAGGAUUAAAGCCCACGCAGCAGUUAGUAAACAUACAGGACACACACACUGUAGCUUUACAGUAACUCUGACGCUUUAUUAAACACUUCCGAUGGUGUUUCGGGAUGAAUCGGCCAUGCAGAGAGGUUGUUCAGCUCCAGCUCGCCUCGGCAGUCCUGCCCUGUGUUUCUCACUGCCACACGGCUCAGGACUGCUGGACUCCGCCAUCGACCUCUUCAUCAUCCGGAAGGAUUUCCCCGCUGCACUCGCUGCAUGUGAGGGCGGACUGGAGAGUUUAGCUAAUGCUGAUGAGCAGGAACAACACAGUUCCAGGCACGGAGAGUUGAAAGCGGCGCUGUGCAUAGUUGGAAUUCAAGCUCUGGCCGAGUUAAACCGGUGGCAUGACGUGCUGACUUGGGUUUUGCAGCAUUAUGGCGAAACAGAGCAAAUUCCUGCAAAGAUCAUGCAGAUGUGCAUUCUUCUCUACACCAAGGUGGCAGAGCAGGCAGCGGUGCAGGAGGCGGUGCGAACUUGGCUGCGCUGCUCCUCUAACACGAGCCUGUCGGGUUACAGCAGCGUGGCCGAGCUCUACAUCCUGCAUGUUCUUCUGCCGCUGGGCCAAACCGCACAGGCCAAGGAGCUGCUGAAGGAUGAUGUGGGACAGGUCGCCUUUACUGAGGAUCAGAGACAGACCGCGCUUACUAUACUCGAGAAUCAUGACGCUAAAAAGAUGAACCAUUCAUAUCCAAGGCCUGAACCCGUCCCUGUGGAGGCAGAAAAAAAAGUUAAACCUCAAGGGUCGAUGGUCCGGAAGUUGAAUGCUGUUAUGAGGUUGUUGUACAGAGGACUGUCUCUGGCAGGUGUCACUGCCUGGCCACGCUUUAUUCACAGAACCGCUGUUCUUUUAUUCCUGCUGUACCUGCUGCUCAUACGUAUGGACCCAGCUUUGCCUUCAGCUUAUCCGUGGAUCCUUCGGCUGUACGGACUCUGGCAGCAGAUGUGGAACGCCAUGUUUGGACCGUACUACAGGGCUUCUUCUUGAGAAAUCCAUCUGUGCACAAUAAGCUGUAGGGAAAAAAAAAAACAACAACUAACGAUGAUGAAAACACUGCAAGCAGUUGGUCAUGAUUAACACAACGCUGAUGUGUGUGCUUGGGACUGCUUGCACAGAAAGGCUCAUGAGAAGUCAUCACUUUUCACUGGUUUAAUGAGAGCUGUUCUUACCCGUGUUUGUAACGCAUGCACUCUCAGGAAAAUAAGGCUAAACUGUACCUUUCAUUGUCCCUGGCGUGGUACACUCAAAGCGCUUCUAGUGUGUCCUUUACCUGCAAAGCAUGUAGUGCAUCGUUCGAAAAGCUAAUUUAAGGUACAACAGUUAAUUGGACUUGAGGUCCAAUUAAUUGCCUUAACUUAUGAUUUAUCAUUAUAAAUCAUAAGGUAUGCUACGUACAUUUUACCUCGUAGAAAUUAAACCGAACUGGAAACUAAAGGUACAAGGAAAGUGCCCCAGUGACAAGGAAAAGCACAAUUUAAUAUCCCUUUCCCUGAGCGUGUACACUAAGUGAAGUGCUUGCGAUUUUACCAUAUUUGAGAUUCAGGGUGUUGAACAUCUCUUGUUACUUAAUAACAAUGAAGUGAUCUAGAGCUUACAGAUCCUGUAUGUCAGCAGAAGUUAAACUUUGAUGUAGGUGGUGGGGAAGCCAUAGGGUGCUACCAAUGUGGGAACGGUACAGUACAAAUUCAGACAACAUCCGUGGGACCUCUCACUGCUGUAUGCCGAGGCCGUGUUUGGAAUUACAGUGGAUGUAAAUAGUCUAUACAGCAGAUUUUUGUGAUGUAAAGAUAAAUAAAACCAAGGGUGUGUCCCAAAAAGCUCCGUAGGUUGUGAAUCAGUAUAUCAUGUACACAAGUUGGGGCACUGGUAGGGACCCUGGCUCAUUACACAUUGGGACACUGGACUCGAUUUCCAGCGACAUGACUAGAUACGUUGUUAAUCGUCAUCAAAAAUGAAAGAUGUUUAACAAAAAUAAUGUUAAAUAUGUCACACAAAUUUGUUAGCUUAAGCACGUGUUUGUGUCAUGGUACGUGAAGCAGGAUCGUAGGCUAGCUAGUGGAUUUAAAAAAAAUCAUUAGACUCAAACAAACAUCAGAACGUCAAAUAUAGUUAAAAAUCGCUAACGUAAUUAACCAUUUGAGACCUACAAUUACAAGCUACUUACAUUGGUAGACAGAAGUUGCCAAAUUUUCUUUCAAGCUGAAAGGCUGCGGAAAAUAUUCCAUCAUUUCCAGUAAGGGAACAUGGUGAACAUUGAUGCUUCCUGGUUUUUGCAGUGUGUUGUGGGAUUUUUUUUAACAGAACAAACAUUCCAGUGCACUAGAAGGAUUUUGCGAUUGAGACAGCCCUUAAAAUGGCCGACUCCCCGAUCAGUGCCCUGACUACUGGACUAGGGAGCUGAUUGAGACGCACCGCAAGAUAAACCAUGUCAGAUCUUUUUCCACCUUUUAAUAUGAUAUAGCACACAACCAAA